AUGGGGAAAUUCUGGGUAUUUUUCUUCUGUUUUUUCGCUUUGUUGGGUCCUUACAAAGCCUUUGGCAAUGUUAUUUUGAUCGGAAAGAAUGUCACUUUAUCGUUUGAAGAAACGGGAGCUACUUUUGCUCAACCAGUGAAAGGUUUUGGUAUAUGUGGCACAUUGCAUAUGGCCGAACCUUUGGAUGCAUGUUCGCCAUUGACUAAUAACAUUGUUUUGAAAACAAACUGCACCAAAUUUUCAUUUGUUUUGAUCAUCAGAGAGGGAUGCAACUUUGAGGAGAAAGUGAGAAGAGCACAAGCUGCAGGAUUCAAAGCGGCCAUUAUAUAUGACAGUGAAGAUGGCGAUCUAGUUGCAAUGGAAGGAAAUUCUGAUGGUAUAAAAAUAUAUGCAGUGUUUGUAUCCAAAGUUUCUGGUGAAACAUUGUCAAAUUAUGCUGGUGUUCCAAACACGGAGCUAUGGCUAGCCCCGAGUUUUGAAUGCUCAGCAGGGCUGAUCAUGGCUAUAGCUUUUGUUUCAUUAUUUGCCGUGGCUGCAUUUUUAUCUGUGUGUUUAUACUACCGGAGGCAUCAUACUGGAAGAGCACGGACUCGAGUUCCAUGCAUAAGGGAAUUCCAUGGGAUAAGUAGUCGCCUCGUGAAAGCCAUGCCAAGCCUAAUUUUUUCAUCUGUUUCGGAGGAUAAUUCUACGUCAAGUACAUGUGCUAUAUGUCUUGAAGAUUAUAAUGUUGGAGAGAUGCUUAGGAUUCUGCCAUGCCUCCACAAGUUUCAUGCUUUUUGCGUUGAUGCUUGGUUGACAUCAUGGAGAACAUUCUGUCCCGUUUGCAAAUGUGAUACAAGAAUUAAUACCGGAGAUCCACCAGCAUCAGAAUUUACACCGUUGCUAUCAUCCAGCCCGGCUUCUGUUUAUUCAUCUUCUGCAUUGUCAUCCAUUAGAUCACCAAUAGCAUCAUCCUCAGCCAUAAGGAUUGCCGCAUCAUCAUCUCAUUCCCCUUCGGUUUCCUGUCCCCGUUCCAUCUUUAGCAGUCCUUAUCACCAGCAGUUGCUUCAGUCUUAUCACCAAUCUCCUUGCCUUAGCACAAGCAGAAACUCAGUCGACCUCAGGGACCCAACUUCUCAAAGAUCUGGUGGUGCUUAUUUAGUUUCUCCUCACUCAUUAGGUUACCCCUCAUUAUCACCUGUUAACUCCAGAUACAUGUCUCCAUACAUUCCGAGUCCCAUCAAUGCCUCAUCAAGUUACUUCGGGUCUUCUAGUCAUCUGCCUAAUCCCCUUCACUAUAGCGAGUCGGCUUCAGGCUUUUCACCAUUUUCUUCUUCCCAGUCUCUUGCAGGGUGUUAA